AAUGGGGAGGGAGCGCGUGACGCCAGGAGUUGACAGCUGUUGCAUUGUAUCCCAUUGGGGGGGGAGGGAGGGGGGAGGCACCGAUUUACCCCUCCAUCAGCCCCCGAGCAGCCGAUUGCAAUCGAUACCCCCCCACCACCACCACCACCACCCACCAACUCAACCCCCCCCACACACAGGGCCGAUUACGAAUGGUGCCGAGUGCCGACCAUGAGCGAGAGCGAUCCGGGCGGAGGGGGCGCCCCCACGGCCCCUCUCUGCGCCUCUUUUAACCAGGACUGCACAUCUCUGGCAGUUGGUACAAGCUCUGGUUAUAAACUCUUUUCUCUCUCUUCGGUGGACAGAUUGGAAGAGAUCUACAAAUGCACAGACACACCGGAUGUCUACAUUGUGGAACGGCUAUUCUCCAGCAGCCUGGUGAUCAUUGUCAGCCUCUCAGCUCCACGGAAGAUGAAUGUUUAUCAUUUCAAGAAAGGGACGGAGAUCUGCAACUACAGCUACUCCAAUACAAUCCUGACCGUUAGGCUCAACAGACAGAGGCUGGUCGUGUGUCUGAAGGAAGCCAUUUACAUUCACAAUAUCAAAGACUUGAAGUUACUGAAAACCAUUCAAGAAAUACCACCAAACCCUACAGGUCUCUGCGCACUUUCCAUCAAUCAUUCCAACUCUUACUUGGCAUAUCCUGGCAAUGCCACUAUAGGAGAGAUAGUGAUUUAUGAUGCAAAUAACUUGAACAACAUUUCAACAAUCCUGGCACACGACGGCUCUCUCGCUGCACUAACCUUCAACUCCAUGGGCUCAAGACUGGCCAGCGCCUCUGAAAAGGGUACUGUUAUCCGUGUCUUCUCUAUCCCCGAGGGACAGAAACUCUAUGAAUUCAGGAGAGGAAUGAAAAGGUACGUAAAUAUUGGCUCAUUGGCAUUCAGCAGAGAUUCGCAGUUCCUGUCUGCAUCCAGCAACACUGAAACGAUUCACAUCUUCAGACUUGAAGAGCCCAGUCAAAGGCCCCAGGAGGAGUCCCCAACAUGGAGUGGGUACAUGGGAAAGAUGUUCAUGGCAGCCACCAACUACCUCCCUACCCAGGUAUCGGGUAUGAUGAGCCAGGACCGAGCCUUUGCCACAGUGCGUCUCAACUUUUCGGGGCACAGAAGCAUCUGCAUGCUGGCUAUGAUUCAGAAGUUACCUCGGCUUCUGGUUGCUGCCUCUGACGGAUUCCUCUACAUGUAUAAUCUGGACCCUCAGGACGGUGGGGAAUGUGUUCUGGUAAAGAAACACAGGUUGCACAACGACGAAGACGACGACGAGAAGGAUACUACAGAACUCGACUCGGAGCCUCCCGCUUUGCCGUCCUACGCGGCAACUGUUGCCAAAGUCAGCUCCGUGCCUUCGUCAUCAUCAUCAUCAACACCAGGAUACUCUGAGGAUGGUGGGGCUCUACGAGGAGAGAUUAUCCCGGAACACGAAUUUGCUGCUGGACCACUGCAUCUGGACGACGAGACAGAAUUCCCUCCUAUUUAUUCAUGCCGGGAAAGCCAUCCUGAAAAGAAGAAGAAGCUUUGAAACAAAGAGCAGGGACUAAUUCCAUCCGCGGAGAGAGAGAGGUAGUGUACAUCAUUGGGAAGACAGAAGAGCCUGACAUCAGCAUGUGUGAGAUGGAAUCAUUCCAAUGCACAAAAUUGAGACUGCCCCUCUCCCCGCACCCCCCAAAAAAGCAAUACAGACGUCAUUUCGCUCACAUUUAUAUACCUACCACAUUCUAUGCUUGUUUUUUUCAGGGAACAAAAACAAAUGGGUGUGUUAUAAGGAAAAGCACGUAACUAUUGCCCCUAAAAGCUAUCACCACACGAUAACAAGUAACGUGGCCAUUUGUUGUCAUAUGUAUUUAACCCUGUUAUUUUUAAAGGUUGUAUAAUAUAGAAGCUUGAUUUUGAAACUGUUGUCUUAGCCUAUAUUUUACUCUGUAUAUACCUCACCGUAUAUAAAGGUACAAUCUAUUCAACUCAUAAUCUAUUUUAAGGUCAAGCCCACAGUCGUGCUUGCUGCAUUAAGUGCCUGUUUGAAGUAUUUUAACAGAUUAGAGUAUUUUGCAAUCGGGUUGCACAGAAAUGUACUGUUAAGCAAUUAAUGUAGCACUAGUAUUAAAAUAUUGCAACAAUCUCA